UGGGUGAAAGCUUGCAGCAGUCCCUCCCCCUCAAAGCACAGCUCUUAAUCCCUGAUAAUCUCUGCAUCUAAUGAAAGCUGGCAGUCAUGGCUACACCGACAGAGAAACUGAAGUCUUCUGGGCAUUUGACUGAACAAAACAUAUUUCUGAAACAGAAGAAACACUUUGGAAAGAGGUCUGUGCUGUUUGGGGAUGGAUUUUCAACUCCCACAAGUCUACAACGUCUAAGAGCAAUCCAGCUUCAGCAGUACCUGGAGCUGCUGAAGGAAAGGGAGCGCAGAGCUCAGCAGCGCAACAGGCAGCUGCUGCAGCAGUUUGAGGAGGCCCAGUCUGCGCUGGAUGAGAUGCUGGCCUGCAACGCUGCCAUGAAAACAAUACGGAUGGAGUAUGAGGGGUAUCUAGAGGAGAGCGCACCACGCUGGCUUCAGCAGUUCAAGGAGAAAACAGUGGCUGUCCAAAAGGAGCAGAGGGUGGAGAAACACUUUAAGUCACGCCAGGAGGAGGCAGAAUAUCCUGUUCCAAACCUCACAGCAGAUGAUUCUUUCCCUUCACAAGAUGCACAGAAAACUGUUGCUCCUCAAGGCUGGUCCACCCCAGAAUGUAGAAACAACCAAGAUGGCCGCCCUCAUCCCUUUACGCAAUACUCCUGGUUAACACAUCCUCAGAUCCAGAGCAGCAUGUUUCCUCUCAGAGGAUCGAAUCCACCUCAGACUCCUGCUCUCCUGUCUCCGCCCACCAUCUCUCACCCUUUGCUUGUGCACCCCCUCGCCUCAUCGCCUUGUCCUCCAUCACAGCACGGGUAUCCUUGGCUAGCUGGGACCUCUCUAGGUUCCCAUGGAUACAAAGAGGAGCCUCAUCCUGAGUUAAGAGGCUUCCAGAAUGGAGAGAACUCAAAGAGAAGAAGAGGUGGGAGCCGGAACAGUCAGCUGUCUCCUGAGUUUGACAUUAAACCAGUUCGCCUCUCCAGCAGAAAUUCUGAGAGCAGCGGGAGCAGCAGAGGUCCCACUCCGUCUACCAAAGAAAAGAGGAAGAAAAGAGUAGAGGUAUCUUCCUCAGAUGUAAACUCAGUGGAGACUUCCAGUGCUUCUGUCGCAGAAUCCCAACUCCUAAAAGAUCCUUCAUCAGUUAAAGGGAGCUUCAGAGAAACACAGAGAAGUGAGGGCCUCAUAGCUGCAUCACCAAGACCUGACGAAGAGGAAAGGACAGAGAAGAGGUCAGAAAGACUAAAUGAAAGGAACCGACAUUCUGAGGAGGAAUCUGGGAGCUCGACUAAAGGAUCCAUUCAAGCAAAACAGGGACAACAAAGCCACAGUGAUGAAUCAGAGAGGAGCAGACAAGGGGAAUCUGAAGAGGAAGAACAGCAAGGCAGUGAGAGCUGUGAGCGAAGGAACACAGAAGAAGAAAUCCAAACGAAGCUCAGCAGUAGAGAAGAAGAGAAAAGGCAGAAGAGUCAGAAGGACAGGAGUGUAGAAGAGGAUGACUGUUCCAUGAAAACCACAACCGAGGAAGAAGCAGGAACAGCAGCAGAGGAGGAAGAUGAAGAAGCAGCAGGAACAGCAGCAGAGGAGGAAGAUGAAGAAGCAGCAGGAACAGCAGCAGAGGAGGAAGAUGAAGAAGCAGCAGGAACAGCAGCAGAGGAGGAAGAUGAAGAAGCAGCAGGAACAGCAGCAGAGGAGGAAGAUGAAGAAGCAGCAGGAACAGCAGCAGAAAAAGAUCUAAAUGAAGAGCAACCAAACCAACUCAAGGAGGUUGAUGAUGAAAAGAUAAAAGAUUCCUCCUCUUCUCAGGAUGAAGAUGAGGAAGAAAUGGAAAGUAGUGAGAAGAAGAGUGAAGAGGAGUCCAGGAGGGAUGGAGGGAAAACAGAUUCAGAUGACAGCAUCAUCUCUCCGCAGAAUAAAAGUUACAAAGAGAAAAAGAUUCAGUUGGUUCUUGUGAUGCCAGCUGAAGAAAGCGUCCUCCAAAGCUCCGCGCAGACGAUUCCAGAGACAGCAGCCGAGGAAGAGGAGGAGGAGAACACAGGAUCUUCUAACGCCGUAGAGUCAAGCGAUGGGGACGAUGUCGAAAAUGUCCUCGCGCCUCAAGACAGGAAGCAGAAAGAUGUUUCCCACCUGGACCUGUUCCAAGUGACGGAGGACAGACAGAAGACCGAGCUCCAGGGAGACUCGGAUGAGUUUGAUCCCUUUUAUGACUGAACUUGUGCUCCUGUUCACUGAUGAGAACAGACGGAUGAGACAGGACAGGAGUCAGGACGUCUUUUGAUGUUGGAAAUCUCUGGACAGCAGCGUGACACUGAAAGGGAAUUUUGGUGGCAAAAAAAAACAACAAAAAAAAAUACCAAAAACAAAUUGUGCAGAUUUUGAAAACACAUUUAUUGUGGCUGCUGUAUUUAAACACACAUUUAAGGCCAACAGGGCUCUUGAAAUAUAAAAAUAAAUGAUAGAACUUGUUUUUAAUAGUA